GUCUAUCAAAACGCUCUUGUGACUUGUAUUCGUAAUAUGUAACUCACACAUGUCUAAAAAGUGUAAUUCACAAAAUAAAUUUCGGUUUUGAAAAGUUUUUACUGAAAAUUCGACGAUUUAGAGUGCACAUACUCCGGUGUUCACAAAAAAUUCUCCGUGUACUUAAAUAGUGACCGUUCUUGACCCCUUUGAGGUUAUCUAAGGUACACAUCAUUCUUUAGACAAAAUGCCUGUUCCCAGUGGUGUGUACCAACAACAAGGUCCCUCGUGCAUGGACAGGAUGAAGAUGGGCUUUUUCCUAGGAUUCUGCGUGGGUAUGGCCAGUGGAGCACUGUUCGGUGGAUUCUCAGCACUGCGGGGUGGUUUGAGAGGGAAGGAGCUAGUGAACACGGUGGGCAAAGUCAUGUUACAGGGUGGAGGUUCCUUUGGCACAUUUUUGGCCAUCGGAUCAGGUCUGAGAUGUUGAUCCGCACAAUCUCGUGCAAUCGUACUGAACAAGAUACUUUAAUUACCUGUCUUGAUCUAGUUUUAGUGUAAAAUAUGUUACUCGUUUCUUCACUAUUUCGGAAAUAAAUUUUUAGUACAUAAAA